UGGAAUGUUCCUGAACUUUCCUUUUCUUUCUUUCGGCACGAGUACUACAGUAGGUGGUAGUAGCGCUCGCUGGUUUCUUGACAUUGUUGUGAUUACAUUGUUGUUAUUGUGCUAGACUUCUGUGAUCUACGAAACCUUCUCAAUAUUUACUAUGUCUGUGAUAGGAUUUGAUAUAGGUAAUGAAAAUUCUUAUGUCGCCGUUGCAAGAGCCGGUGGUAUCGAAACUAUUGCUAACGAAUACAGUCAACGAUCUACACCAACAUAUGUUGCAUUUGGGAAUCAAAACCGUCAAUUAGGAGUUUCUGCCAAGAAUCAGCAAAUAACAAAUUUGCAAAACACUAUUUAUAAUUUCAAAAGACUAUUAGGCAGACUUUAUUCAGAUCAGGUUAUUAAGAAUGAACUUCAGUAUGUUCCUUAUGAUACUUGUGCGUUAUCUAAUAACCAGACUGGUAUACAGGUAAAUUAUCUCAAAGAGAAAACAGUAUUCAGUGUUCCUCAAAUUAUGGGAAUGAUGCUUACAAAAUUAAAAGAAAUAUCAGAGACCAACCUGAAGAUUAAAAUUCAGGACUGUGUUAUAUCUGUACCAGUUUACUUCACUGAUUGGGAAAGACGGAUGUUGCUGGAUUCUGCACAAAUUGCUGGUUUAAAUGCAUUAAGACUCCUUAAUGAAACUACUGCAGUUGCAUUGGCUUAUGGGUUUUAUUUGACUGAUUUAACUGAUGAUAAAGCUAGAAAUGUAGUUUUUGUUGAUUUUGGUCAAUCAUCAUUACAAGCUAGUGCAUGUGCAAUUACCAAAGGAAAACUUAAGGUUUUGGGUGCAUCUUGGAAGAGAGAUCUUGGUGGGAGAGAUUUUGACAAUGUUAUAGUAAGACAUUUUGUUGAAGAAUUUAAAAAGAAGUAUAAACUGGAUGUUAUGAGUAACAAAAGAGCAGUUAUGAGGCUGAUGCAAGAGUCUGAGAAACUUAAAAAGCAAAUGAGUGCUAAUUCUCUUGAGCUCCCUUUGAAUAUUGAGUGUUUUAUGAAUGAUAUUGAUGUUACUGGGAGAAUGAAAAGGGAGGAUUUUGAGAAAUUAGCGGAGGAUCUAUUUAAACACAUAGAAACUACUUUGUUAAAAUUACUUGAAGAUACUAAACUAAAACCAGAAGAUAUAGAUUCCGUGCAAAUAGUUGGAGGUUCUUCACGCAUUCCAGCAUUUAAAAAUUUGAUUGUUAAAGUGUUUGGUAAAGAGCCAAGCACAUCAUUAAACCAAGAUGAAGCAGUUGCAAGAGGGUGUGCUUUGCAAUGUGCAAUGCUGUCUCCGACUUUUAAAGUGAGAGAUUUUUCAAUCACUGAUAUUCAGCCAUAUGACAUACAGAUUACUUUCCCUGAUCAGCAUACAUCAGAAAUAUGCCAAUUAGACAUAUUUCCUUAUGGGCACCAAGUUCCAUACUCCAAGCUCUUGACUUACUAUAGAAAGGAACCUUUCUUGAUUGAGGGAACCUACAAAGACAAGGAUAUACCAAUUUGUGGUACAAAUAAAUUAUCUACUUUCAAGAUCAAGAAUGUGGUUCCUUCACCUACUGGUGAAAGUGCUAAGUUGAAAAUAAAAGCACGUGUUAACCUUCAUGGCAUAUUUUCCAUAUGUUCUGCAACUAUGUUAGAAAAACAACCUGCAAAUGGUAAUUCUGAAGAAACUCCACAACAAGUUGAAAAACUGGCUAAUGGGGAACAAAAAGAUGAAGUGAUGGAGUCUGAGAAUACCACCGCUCCUAAUGGUGACAUUAAUAAUGAAGUAAAUAAAGAAGAAACAGAUAAACCUCAAACUGAGAAAAAAGAACCAGAGCAAAAGAAACCGAAAAGUGUAACAAAAGCUGUUGAUCUCCCUAUUGAGUUUGACUCAGUUAGUCUGAGUAGGCGAGAGUUGGAUGAGUUGAUUGAAAGGGAGGGUAUAAUGAUGAUGCAAGACAAAAUGGAGAAAGAAAGAGCAGAUGCAAAAAAUGCAGUGGAAGAGUAUGUGUAUGAAUUUAGAGAUAAACUUUAUGGAGUACUAGAAAAAUUUGUAACUGAACAGGGCAAAGAGCAACUUUGCAGAAUUUUGGAAGAUACAGAAAAUUGGCUUUAUGAUGAAGGUGAAGAUCAACAGAAGAGUGUUUAUGUACAGAAACUGACAGACCUGAAGAAUCAUGGGGAUCCUAUAGUUUUUCGAUUUACUGAAUUUAACAACAGGGAGGCAGCUUUUAAUGCAUUAGGAUCCAGCUUACAGCGAGCAUACAAAGCUUUGCAAUUAUUCAAAAAUAAAGAUCCACUUUAUGAUCACAUUACAGUAGAAGAAAUGAAUAAAGUUCAAAGUAUAUUAGAAAAGAAACAAGAAUGGCAUGGGAAAACUCUCCAGCGUUUAUCAAGUCUAUUACCUUAUGAAAACCCACCUGUUACUGUAAAUGAGAUUUUACAACAAAAAGAGGAGCUUGAAAAUGUGGUAAACCCUAUAUUAUCAAAACCAAAGCCUAAAGUUGAACCUCCUCCCGAAGAAAAACCAAUUGACAAACCCCAAGCUGAUAGUGAAAUGCCAGAUUCUACCAAUGACACACCAGAAGCUACAAAACCAGAUGACACAACUCAAAAUCAACCACAAUGUGAAAAAAUGGAAACAAAUUAAUUUUUAAUUCAACUAGGUCUGUGAUUGUAAUGUAUUUAUGAACUAAAAAACUCUCUGUGGAGUAAGUGGUUCUAAUGGUGCAUAAUGCAGGCUGUAACUGAUGUCUGUCUUAUCUGCUCCUAACUCAUGCAAUAUCUUAAUCACUUUGUUGUCCAAGGAACACUAUCAUUACUUAAGUUUUUCAAUACUCAAAAUUUCUUUUUUCUCCCAUCAUUAAUAUACUUAAUUUUUUAAUGCCUAAUGAUAUUUCAAAGAAUUUAUGUAUUUCAUCUGUAAUGAGGUAAAAUAUUUAAAAGAUUAUUGUACAUUUGUUGAUUUUUGAAUAUACCUGAUGUUGAUUUUUGAAGUGGGGCUUGGUGAUUAUCCGCCGUGAUGUUUUUUAGAGCAAAACUGCUUUUUUUUUAAUGUGCAAAACUUUUUUUUUAAACGUUUCUGUUAAUAGCAGCAAGCAUUUUGCUAUAGUAAAAACCUUUAGACAAAUACAUAAGUCAAAAACAUUGAUAUUGCAUUUUUGUGCUUGUGAAAUAUGGAAUUGAAAGUGUAAGGUUAUAUUUAAUUCUCUUUCAUUUAAAUAUCAUGGUUUGACAUCUGUAUUUUUUUCAUAGACAGUGUGUUGAAAAGAAAAAAGGUGUUGGAUUUUGUACUAUUAAUUUAUAUAAAACAGAGUUAUUUAGUGUUUUUUCAUAAAAAUAUUUAAACAGAAAGUUGGCUGAAUUUUAAAUUGGAUGGAAAUCUAUUUUACAAAAUUUAAAAAAAAAAAUAUUAUUUCUUUAACUUAUAUUUCCAUUUAACAGAUUGCACUUUAUUAUUUAUAGGAAAUCUUAAGCUCCACUUAAAUUUCAAAUCAAUGCUUACUAAAUUUUCAAAUAUUAAGGAUCGUAACUAAUCAAUUGAUCUUUAAGAAUAGAAAAAUUUAUUCUAAAUAAUAAUAAAUUCAAUGUAACGUGGCAUUUUAUAUGCACUAUAAAAUUGCAUAACACUUAUCUCAGAUUUUUGGUUGAUUAAACAUGGUUUUUAACUUAUUUCAAAUAAUUUUUUGUUGAAAAUUUUUUUAAAAAUAUUACUGUUAUAUUUUCUUAUGUGCUCAUAUAUUUGCACAGUAAAACCUUUUGCUGGUGAAUUAUAUUUAUGUUAUACAUGAUGAAUAAUUUUGACGAAUUAUAUUUAUAAUCAUUUACUUUUGUCAAAUUGCAGAAUGUUUUAUUUAAUAAGCUCUAAAAGAGCAAUAAUCAAGCAAGCAAUAAUUAUAUCAAUGACCUUCUAUUGUUAAUUUAUUUUCAACUUGAAUCAACGAAAAAUCUUUCUAUUUUGUAAAAAAUUGUAAAAUGUAUUAUUUAAUAAGCUCUAAAAGAGUGAUUUUUUUCCUUCUUUAAUUAUAUCAAUGAUCUUUUAUUGUUAAUUUAUUUUCGACAUGAAUCGACAAAAAAUUAUCUCUGUUUUGUGUGUUAGAAAUAUUCAUAUUUUUGUAUCAGUGGUUUUUAAGUUAAAUCUGUUAUGUGCUAAAUUAAUGAACUUCUGUUACUAAAUUUGAAUGUGCUCAACUGUAUAUACAUGUCUUUUGAAUUUUAUGUGAAUAAAUUUCUAAUAUAUAAGUAAUUAAUCAGGGAAAGAAUCAGUUGUGGUUGGGUAUUAUAUUCAGUUUUUCCUGUAAUAUUAAUAAGUAAAUACCAAUGAUUACUCAAAUAUCACUGUUCAAUUAUAAAAAAUUUCCAUUCAUAUUCACUCAGUUUUACAUUAAUUUAUUCCGUGAUCUUAACACUUUUAUUCAUUAGCAGAAUUUAAAUGUAUACACCUCUAGCGUGAUAUUAGUUACACUCUGUAUUCACCGAAAUUUGUGAUCUAGAAGUUUCUUUUACAUCUGUAUAUUUUUUUUUUAAAAAAAAGCUGUAUAUUUUUGGUUCACAAAUCUCAGUUAACUGAGCAUUCCGCAUCACAGAUUGUUUGCAUGAAUUCUAUACUCAAAGAAUUAUACUCAUAGUUACAUUAACUUAUUCUUACAUUAUAUCUAUAUGUUAUUUAUAUCUUUUACAUUUACUUAUUUAUACUUUUUAUUCAUAAUAUCAUAAAGCAUAUGUGAACAUUUAGGUCUGUAAUGGAUCUGUGUUCCUAAAUAAGUCAAAGUGGUAAGUGAGUAAAAGAAAUCUAAUAUAUUAAAAAAAAAAAAAAAAAAAAAUCGUAAAGAAUAAUUUUUUAUCCUAAUAAGUUUAUAAUCUAUUUUAUAAAAGUUAAAUUCUUAUUUUGCUAUUUUCAGAUAAAGCUUUAAAUUCUAUAGAUAUUCAAUUUGUCAGUAAUUGCUGUAAUAAGUAUUUUAGAUAAAAACUGGUAUGCUAUAAUAUAGCUUUAAAUUAAAGAAAACAAUCAUAAGCAUCUCCUAUGGUAGAAGCUUAUGCAGUAAUUUAGUAUGUGCUUACACAAAUUCUUCAUUUGUGUGUAUGUUUUCAUGAUCUUAUACCAUCUCCAGAAUUGCUUAAUAAAUAUACAGAAAUA